CGGGGCCGGAGGAAGAUGUGGCCAGUGUGCAGGGCGCUCCGGGCCUGGGCCCUGCCCUUGACUCGGUCCCCCGGGGCCCGGGCCUGCGGCGGGGGCGGGGGCGUCUCCUACACCCAAGGCCAAAGCCCGGAGCCCCGCACUCGCGAGUACUUUUACUACGUGGAUCAUCAGGGCCAGCUUUUCCUGGAUGACUCCAAAAUGAAGAACUUCAUCACCUGCUUCAAAGACCCGCAGUUCCUGGUCACCUUCUUCACCCGGCUGAGACCCAACCGCAGCGGGCGCUACGAGGCCUCCUUCCCCUUCCUUUCUCCCUGCGGCAGGGAGCGCAACUUCCUGCGCUGCGAGGACCGGCCGGUGGUCUUUACGCAUCUUUUAGCAGCGGGUCCCGGGGCUCCGCGCCUCUCCUACUGCGGCGGCGGCGAGGCCCUGGCCGUGCCCUUCGAGCCAGCACGCCUGAUGCCCCUGGCCACCAACGGGCGCCUCUAUCACCCGGCGCCAGAGCGCGCGGGCGGCGUGGGCCUGGUGCGCUCGGCCUUGGCCUUCGAGCUCAGCGCCUGCUUCGAGUAUUCGCCCGGCGAGUCCGCGCUGCCCUCGCACGUGCGUUGGCAGGGCCGCCGCCUCGCCCUCACCAUGGACUUGGCUCCGCUGCUGCUUGCUGGCCCGCCCCUCUGAGCAUCCGGCGGGAGGCCGCGGGUCCCCAGAGCCUCGGGCAUCCCUCCCGCGCCUCCUGCCCGCGUCGCUGCGCACGCGCCACCUGGAGCGCGCGCUGGCCUAGUGCGCGUGCGCGGAGAGCUACCUCGGUCCCGCCCCUCCCGGCUCUGUCCAAGGUGCUGCCGCGGGCGGUCCCGACUGACGGCGGGAAGGGGCGGACUCCCGGGCCUUUUUCUCUCCCCACACCUCGGGCCUGGGGUGUCCUCUGAUUCCGACCGCACUCGCGACGACAGGCCUGGGAGACGGGCGGGAGGUGCUGGGCUCCAGUGCGCGUGCGUGAGCGGCGCCUGCCCCUCCCCCGCCCAGCGCUGCUCGGUGGGCCGAAGCGCCUCCGGCUCCGCGGGGGAGCUGCGCCGCGGGAGCGUCAGGUGAGGGGGCGCCCGACCCAAGGUCAGCGGGCGUGGGGGCGGGAUUGGGGCUGUCCCAGGUCUCUCCAGGACACGCUCCAAGAAGGACGUGAGACCUGGCGGGACCACGCCCUGUACUCGAGGGGUCACGGGGGACGCCGUGGGGAACGAGGCUCCUGGCUCGCAGCUUGCACUGCGCCAGACCGGGUCGCGGGCCUUCCUCCCCUCUCCCCCAGCCCCACACAGAUCGGCGUCUUGGAGGCAGUGACAGCUAUUCCGAAGCGUAGGCGUGACCCUUCACCCCUGCCCAGCCGGAUUAGGGGUUGUCCGCUGGGUAAAAGAAUCUGUGGCCGGGCCUCCACGGUGCCUCCCGCCUGCGCCCUCAUCCCUGUCCCGCUGGCCCAUCGACACGGAUCCGCAUCUAAGGGUGUCCGUGUGAGCAGCAGUACCCUGAGUCCCGAGGAGAAAGCCAAGAACCUUCCCUUUUGCUCAAGGAGAUGAAUGCCAGGAGCCCAGAGAAAUCUCCCAGUUUCUUGGGGUUCUCACACACCCUGAGACACCUGGGAACUGCCUCUGCCUGGGCCAAACCUAUUCCAUUAAAACUUUUGCUGUGCCUA